CUGCACUUCCCCCAAGGCCGAAGCCGAAAUGAGCGUAUGUAUACACAGUAACAAUGCUUAGUGGUACAAGGCAGGAGGUGGCAGCAUUGACUUGCACAUAAAUGUACACGACGCUCUCGUAGUGCGGGCGAGUGAGCGAUCGACAGGAACGCUUGAAGCAAAGGGCAUCUCCUCAGUAUCCCGUCUGGCCCGUCGCCGAUGGCCAACAGGCGGGCGCAUGCGCUACACUGAGCCAAAAUGCGCUAGUGGUGUCGGAAAGCCCGAGCAGUUUGACUUGUUGGGCUGUGACUUGGCCCGGAACCGCGAGCACCGAGGGUCCAGAGUCCAGACUGCCAGAAUACUGCCGGCCAUGCGAAAUGCGUCCUUCCUCCUCCAUGUACUCACAUCACCCUGGCCUCCCCUUUGUCUACAGUGGCGAACCCUCUCUCGAGCUGCGUCAUCCUCUCACGCGCCCAUGUCGCUUCUCAAGGUUCAUGAUGCAGGAGGGCUACAGCAAGCUUCAAGCCACGUUUUAUCGCUUCAUCCGGCUUUAAGCUUCAACGUUCCUCGGAUAUCAACGCUCAACGUAACACCGUCAUGCGAGUCAUGCGCGUCAUGCGUGGCUGUUGGACCCAAUUCUGUUCGCCGAAACAGGGUAGAGCAAGCUGCUAUUACAUGUCCCCAUCUCUCACCGACAGCUCAAAUGUGGCCCCGCAUCGCAAGUUAUCGAAUCCUGCUCGCGGAUGGCGCGAGUGCUCGACUCUCGCAUCUUCACGCUGCCCUUGACCCCAUUCCCACUCCAUAAGUCACCACAUACCCGCAGAUGGUAAAUAGAUCUCCGGCCGGUUCAUGUGCAUUCAACGCCGUCAGCGACGAGCUUCCGCAACCUACUGCCUAUUGCUGCACACUCGGAACUCCACACGAGUAAGCGGCCCUUCUC